AUGACAAAGGAAGAACAUUUAAAUAGUAGUGUUCUAAAUCAAAAAGAUGAAACAUCAGAAAAAGAACAACUUAAAAGAAAAAUAAUUGAAAAAUUAACCUCCAAGUAUAAUUCAGAUGUCAAAAAUAUGCAACAUCUUUUACAAACUUCUUUGGAUGAGUUGGAUGCAAUUAAAAGGCAAUUGAAAACAAAUGGUAAUAACAGUUCUGGUAACGCUAAUAAUUUAACUAUCCGAGAGGUAUUAAAAGCGGAAGCAACCGGACCAGUAGCAAGAAGCGUGUAA